GGGAGAGAGGGAGGGAGAGAGAGAGAGAGAGAAAAAAAAGGAACUUUUCCUCUCUUCCUAGUUAGGCAACGCCACAUCGUGUGCUUUAGAGUCACAGAUCUUAGGCUUUAAUCGGAUCGGAUCGCGGUGGGAAAGAUGAGCGGAGGGGACAUCGUCUGCAAUGGUUGGCUGAGGAAAUCUCCACCAGAGAAAAAGUUGAGACGUUACGCAUGGAAGAAGCGCUGGUUUAUACUCCGGAGUGGACGUCUGACGGGAGACCCAGACGUGUUGGAAUACUACAAAAAUGAUCACACAAAGAAACCCAUCCGCGUCAUUGACUUGAAUCUUUGCGAACAAGUGGACGCCGGGCUGACCUUUAACAAGAAGGAUCUCGAGAACAGUUAUAUUUUUGACAUCAAAACAAUCGACCGUGUCUUCUACCUUGUGGCAGACACCGAAGAGGAAAUGAAUAAGUGGGUUCGAUGCAUCUGUGACAUCUGUGGGUUCAAUCCUACUGAUGAGGAUGCUGUAAAACCAACGCAUCUGUCUGGCCAUGCUGCUACUGAGGUACCUCUUUCUGUCAGUACAAUGCAGCCUUCUGUACGUGCAGCGGUUUCCAUGGGCUCAAUACCUCCCCCCUAUCAGCCGAUCAGCGUGCGGCACAUGGAGUCCCAAUCCAGUCAAGAAGAGCCACAGGAUUACCUGCUGCUAGCCAACUGUGAAAGCAAAAGACCUGAACCUGCCAGCCGAACGUCAUCUUUUGCUACAGAAGAGGGGGACGAGUAUCUUCUGCUGGAAGAUUUUGAAAGCAAAAAGCAACCGUUUCACAACCAGUUGCAUGCAAAUGCUUUGUCCAAAUCCGCUUCAGAAACUGAUUGCAAUGACAAUGUACCUUCCCACAAACCUCCAGCACCAACUGCAUCUAAACAUGCCAUGAAUGGCUUCUUCCCCCAGGGCACCUACGACUCGCCCCCUUCCAGGAUUAUUCCCAUUUCUACAGAGUCCAAUCUUUACAACCUGCCAAGGAGUUAUUCCCAAGAUCUAAUAGCCAGAACUUGUUCUCCAACAGUUACGGACAGUGAAGGGGAUUUGAAUGUAUUUAAUACACCUCCACGGAUGUCCAGUAUAGAGAACCAAAUGAGGCCAUUGUCUGUCUGUUAUGACAUUCCCCCAAAACCUGGAGGCACUUAUCAAAUUCCACGACCUUCGGGAGAGGGGACCAUGAGUCAGAGUUUGCUGAAGUUGGAAUCUAUAUCAGACGUCCCACCACCUCGCCCACCAAAACCUUCUCUGUCCCAUGACCGUUCGCCAGUAGAGACCUAUUGUGUACCUCGAUCAUCUUCAGAGGCUGAUACCAAUUACAGCGUUCCUAGUUCUGGCAAGACGCUUCGUAGCAAUACCAUUGGCACUAUGGAAGGCCAUUUGUUAAAGAAAGAUUGCGGUGCUCAAGAUAGCUAUGAUAUUCCACGAACGUUUUCUGCAGACAGAAGCAGUUCACUAGAGCUUGGGGAAGGGUUUAGCAGUUACCUGCAAAAGAAGGGAAUGAUGCCCCUGGCAAAUUUGAAUAUUGAAGAAGCUGAUCAGAACUAUGUGCCCAUGGAUGCAAACUCCCCUCCACGACUCCAUUCAACCAGCCACCCAGACCCAAUCCAGGAAACCAACUACGUAGCUAUGACGCCGGGACCUUUUGAGUUCUCUGCACUUGGAAUGCAGGUCCCCCCUCCAGCACACAUGGGUUUCAGGGUCAGCCCAAAGACCCCCCCACGGAGACCGGUACUUGCUGUCGACUGCCAGCCUCCGCCAGUAGACAGGAACCUUAAGCCUGAUAGGAAAGGUCAGAGUCCUAAAAUUUUAAGAACUAAACCUGUUUUAGAACGAACAGAUACUCAAACCGUAGAUGAAUUUCUUCCAAGACGACUAAAGGUUAAACCUGCUCCACUGGAAAUAAAACCUCUGCCUGAAUUUGAGGAAUUAGCUCCAGUCAGAUCACCAGUGACCAAAACCUUUACCAGAGACAACCACUCCAGGUUUCCCACCACUGCCCGACCCCCCUCAGUUCACAGCACUGCAUCCAGCACUGAUUCACACGACAGCGAGGAUAACUACGUAGCCAUGGACCCCAGUCUGUCCACAGACGAUCCCAAUAUAAAACCGGGAACUCUGUGUUAUGACGGGAGCAGCAGCUUAACCAAAUCUAAAGGAGACAAACAGCAAGUGGAGUACUUGGAUCUGGAUCUAGACUCUGGGAAAUCAACGCCGCCUCGAAAGAAAAGCAACGGUACAGGUACGGCAGGAGCAGAUGAAAAAGUAGAUUACGUUGUGGUGGACCAACAGAAGACACUAGCACUGAAGAACACCAGACAGGCAUGGACUGACGAGAGACAGUCUACGGAGCCAGAGACCUCAAUCAAGAGUGCAAAGUAACUCAGUACUGCCAUUAAAGUAGACCUUCAUGCCUUUUUGAGAUACUACAAGAGAUGGAACUUUGUUGAUCCUGCCACCAAUGGCCUUCUCUCUCCGCUGUGCCCUACAUCUGUAAGCCACUGAUCAGUUUGUGAACCCCUCAAAGUGUUGCAAGGCCAACAAGUUGAGGCUUUAGCUACAGAAUCUACAGAAUCAAAGAGAGCCACUUAUUUUGAGUCCAAAUAUUUUGGGUUAGGGAUAUUUUUUCUCAGAUUGCUGUCUGGACGUAGUAUUGUAUGCAGUGUGUAUAGAGGUCUGUACAAAUAGCUGCACCUGGAUUCUGAAUGUUUCGAGCAAUCUUAAUAUUUUUGUUUAAGACUGUGUCUUUAAGCAUUUGUUCAAAAGGUUAUUUUGGGUACAUGGAGAAGCUAUUAGGUUUUUGCGACAAUCUCGUCACUUAUGGCGAUAUUUAUCAACGUAGGAAAUAACUUCACAUUUAAUUCUGAAUCAAGGUCAUUGUUAAAACAUCCGUUCCACAAUCUAAGGUUUUACCUAAACUAAUUUUCUAACUUUUUUUUAAUGUCCAGUUUUAUUUAAGCUUAGUUGAGUUAAUUUUGUUUUUGACACUUUAAAGUUGCAAAGUACAGGCAUUUAGGCUUACCUGAAGUAGUUACGAUUGAAAUUCCAGUAUAUUGUUAAAUAUCUCUAGAGUAACAUUGCUGGCAGUGGCCUUUAGAUGAAGUUUCUACUAAUUACUUACUAAAAAAUCGCCCUUAGGUCCCACAGGUUGCCUUUCCAGUAUUGAAAACAAAAUGGACAGUAAAUGCCAAUUCUUUCUUAUUAUUCAGUGAAAGUGUAUCCAAAUGGCUGGCGCAGAUGAGAAAUAUUUGCUACACCGUUGUUGCAUUAUUAAAUCCGACAUGGAAAGUGAAGAUUUUGAUCCUUGUUAUGAAGUUGACACGCCUAAGGUUUUUUUUAAACCGAAAGAUGCAACGGUGCAGAUUCUGCAGGGUAGAGUUUUGCAUUGUACGUCACUAACCCUGGUUAGGUGAUGUCCCAGGCAGUAAGAUGGCCCUCGGUUUGGAAAUGAAGUGGUUCAGUGAACUGGGUUGUUUCUUACCAUUCUGUCAGCCAUGUGUUUUUGAGCCCUAUAUGCAAUUUGAAAAUGUUUAUACUACUUAAGAUAAUGAUAAAUUCUGGGCGAAUUUAUAGAUGGCUACUUUACCCCUUUUUGGAUUUUGAGAGAUCAGGUAUUCAGUGCUCAAAUUUAAAAAUACCAUCUGCUGUUUAUAAUGGCAAUUAAAUUAUGCAGAAUACUCAGAAGCCACUUCUUACAUCAUUUCAGUAAUAAAAAAAAGCUGCCUUAUCUCGGGAAUGUGAUAAUUCUGUUGUACAUAAAAUCGUUUUUCUCUUCAAAUCACUUAUAAAGUGCUUAUAAACUGUAAAUGUACUAAAAAAUUACUAACAUUUGUAUUUACAGAAAUUGUCUAUUCAUAAAAUGUCUGUGUCCAUCAAAGAUUUUUUAUCAUUAAAUCGUGAAUGAAUUAUGGUUUUACUAUGUAUGUUUCUAGAGUUCCAGCUUAUUGGCUUCUAUCUAAACACAAAUGCCUCGGCUGGAGAACUCUUUCCUCUUGAUGUAAAUUACAUGUAGCAAUGUUACUGCCUAUAGUGAAGCAGUCACCCUUAAUGCUUUGUAACUUCUUGCNUUUUUUAAUGAAAGUUACAGAAAUGUGUCCAUUGUAAUGUAAAUAUAAAAUUUAAAUAAAAGAAUAUUCCACCUA